GUCGAGUCCCGUCUCUUUCUAACAUUACGUCCCAGACUCUCAGUUGAACCCGUGGAACGGCUGUCAUUAGCAGCUGGAUGCUGAUGGUCUGCGUUGGCGUUUAAUAUCGCCGACUGCAGUGUUUUACGGAAAUUAAGCCGUGAAACGGUGGGCGACGACACCGUCGAAGUUAUGGUGAGCUGAGUUGACAGCUGUGAUAAAAUGGCGAAAAUAAUAAAGGCACCGGAGAUUUCCGCCUCAUCGUUUUCCUGCGAGUAUUGCCCGAAUAUCACCUUCAGAUACAUCGAGGACUUCAUAAGACACCUAAGAGAGCAACACUGUGCAAGAGAAGGUGGUUCGUUUGUUUGCCGUUAUGGAUAUAACAGUGUAUGCAGCAGCCUUCCGGUCGAAGGUGUUUCGGAUAAGGAUUACAUAGCUCAUGCGACUAAACACGCAACCAUGCAGCAGCAGCAACAGCAACAAAAGAAAAGCAAUGGUCAAGUAACUGGGUCGUCGCCGUCGUGGACGAUUUAUUCAGCUGCACAAAACUUGCCGGCGGUACUGAAUGACCCCAACAAAGGAAAACAAAGUAAUUUUCUCACCAAGACAUGGGGUGAUGCAUUUGUUGAAAAAGUUGAUAUACCCAAAAGUCCUUAUCUGCCUGACGUCUCCAUGCAGCACUUCGACAGUUAUAUGAAAAAGAUUGCACGGAGGUAUCGCAAGCAUUCGCGCAUGAAUACAAAUUCCAACAAGCCCACCUCGCCCAGCGAGUUGUUGCAGAAUUUUCCCAAUCUGAGGAAAGUCAAGUCGCUAGAACGUUCUCAAUUCGACUUGUCGAGCAUACCAAAGAUCUUUUUGAUGCCGCACUUGGACCUUGCUCAGAAGGAAAAUUUCCUCGCUGUAUUCCCGUUCGCUAAGGAAGGACUGUUGGAUGAAGGUGGAAACACAGCCAGCCACGCUAAACUUAUGCAGGAGAAAGUAUGGACACGACUACACUCCCUCAGCCAUUAUCUGGACAUCGUCGAGGUUCGAAUAGCAGAACAGGUGGCGUCGAAAUCUCAAGCAUUCUUCCAUGCGAUGACGUCGCACGACGCUCUGAUGGAACAGCUGACCCAAACAAUCACAGUUUUGAAAGCUUUGAGAGAAAAUAUUCAUCAGAUCGACAAAAGCCUUGUUAAGGACUCCUUAGAGAUUUUACGACUGGAGCGAGCAAGAUGCAACCACUUGAUGGUCCAGGAAAAGCUGAAACUUAUGUCAACUGUCCACCAGACGCAGCCUAUGAUACAACUCCUUCUCUCCACGCCUGAUUACGUCGCAGCACUUGAUCUCAUUUCCACCACUCAGGAAAUCUUACUGCAAGAAUUGAACGGUGUUCACAGUUUCAGGCAUUUCAGUUCGCAACUCACUGAAAUGGAAAGACUUAUCGACAAGAUGUUGUCAACCGAGUUUGAGCGCUACGCAACAGCCGAUUUGAAUAGGCCUUUGGGAGGAGAAAACGUAAUUCUUGAUGGGGACAAACUGGUGUCAAUCAUAUCGGGCCUUUUGCGUCAGAAACACUUUCAGUUUGUCGACACGUAUAAAGAAGAAGCGAUUAUGACUGUGAGAGCUGUUACUAAACAAUGCGUGAUAGAAGCUUUGGCUGCUAGCGAUUCGUGCAGCGACCACCUGGAAGUUGGGAGUCUUUCUCUUGUCGAAAGACUGUCUCUUUUGCACAGCACCAUUCAAUCCUUCACCUUUCUUCUCCACAGAGUCAAGGCAGUACACGAUGUCAUUCGAGAUACUUCAGACCUUGCAGCCGGUCAAACCAACAAUUCAGCGGACAGUUCUCUGACGGAUUGUCUGCUUUCUCGCGACGAACACGUUCGUGUUACCAGCAAGCUAUCGGACAUGCUAACUUCGGUUUGUGAAUAUUGUCACGAACGGUUGGGCUACCUCCUUUCUACAGCUGCGAGCGAAAGGGACAAAUCACAAAACGAAAAAGACAAGCCAAUGAACGACGCUUCUGUUAGUAAGCAAGUAGAUAAAGAAAUACAGAAUUGGAAUGAGAAAGUUCACUGGCUUAGCGACAAAGCGACCGCUUUACAAGUUUGCCAACUCGCUUCUAUGGUCGAAGGUUUUACUGUGACAUGCGCAAAACUUUGCGGAAAACAGUGCACAGCUUUGCGGUCGGCGUUUAAAGCACAAGCGACUAAGUUUGUCCAACGGUUUCACGCGGAACGUAAAACGAAAUUAAGUCUUCUUCUAGACUCGGAAAGGUGGCGUCAAGCGGAUGUACCAGCGGAAUUUCAGAAUCUAGUGAGCCACGUGUAUGAAAAUAAAUCUUUCCCAACAGAGUCGAAAUUGCGCGAGGAUACUGAGAAGACUAAAAAGAAAGACGCGGCUGAACCAGUGUCUAACUUUAUCUUUGUCGGAGAUGAAAAGUAUGCCGUCGUUGGAACUACGCUAAUGCUUAUACAGAUGAUUCACGAAUAUUGCAGCACAAGCAACGAAUUAACAACGCUGUCAGGAACAUUGGGAAGACAUUUGGCCGAGUUGUUGCGACAUUUCAACUCUCGCUGUUGUCAGCUUGUCCUUGGAGCUGGAGCGAUGCAAAUUGCAGGAUUGAAGACCAUCACUAGUACGAUUCUCGUGCUGGCCAGUCGCAGUCUGCAGUUGCUCCUGUGGUUUAUGCCAUUCGUCAAGGCUCACUUCCAAGCUUUGACCGAUCUUGGAACUAGUCGAGGAGUCGCAGGUGCAGCAGCGGUAAGCGGAGGUGUGGCUUUGCUGGACAGUGUCGAAAGAGAUAUUCGAGCCCAUGUCAGAGAAAUUGAAGGAAAGGUCUUGACUAUCGUUGGGAGCCUCGUCGGGGCACAAUUAUCGCACUGGACUGCCAGGCCACCGGUUCCAUCUCAACCUUUUAAGAAUAUUUCGAGACACGUGGUGAAACUGCACGAAGCCGUUUCCAGCAUACUACCUUCGUCGCAAGUGGAAAGCCUUUACCGCAGUGUAAAUACAACACUGAAAGAAAAGCUCAGGGAGCAGCUUGUAAAAAUGAAUAUCGUCAACAAUGGCGGACCGCAGCAUGGUGUCGUUACUUCCGAGUUGACUUUUUACCUCGAGGCAUUGAAAGCCUUGAAGGUUUUACCAAUGGAAGAAUUAAAUGACGAUUGGAUGAAUGCUAUUUGGACUAGAUAACAUGCAGAGCGUGUUGUUUACUGCAUUUUGGAAACCAUGCAGUUUUAUAAGCAGAGGUGACUACGAUCAUCCAUAGUUUCGAUCCAAUUCAUCGCAAAUAUGAUGUCACGUAACUUCGAAGAAUGCGCAUUCCUUCUGAAGAGUAUCGAUGGAUUAAUUUUACUCUGAUCUUGGUGCUUCGUUAUGAUGAUUAAUAUCAAACGUGGAAACUGAAUGGGACGUUGAUGUAAUUACUCAUAUAAUUACAUUUUCGGGGGACUGUGAACUCAAAAUAACCCACCGUUAACGCAAAAUCUAUUUGGUAUCUUUACUUUUUCAUCACAGAUUCGUUUCCAUCCAUCAUUAUCAAUAUUAUUCAGAGUAAUUUCGGUGAAUACAGAAAUUUCUCAUCAAGCAUUGCAAUUAAUUUUAUUUCGGACAUUUAUUUAUGUACAACUCUUUAGUUAGUCUGGUUCUAGUUU